CGGCGGCGGCACCUGCGGUGGCGCAGCGGAGCUAAAUCCGAGGAUCUGGCGGGUGGUUGCGCAGGAUGCCGUAUGCCAACCAGCCCACUGUGCGGAUCACGGAGCUCACCGACGAGAAUGUCAAGUUCAUCAUCGAGAACACAGACCUGGCGGUGGCCAACUCCAUUCGGAGGGUCUUCAUCGCGGAGGUGCCCAUAAUAGCCAUCGACUGGGUUCAAAUAGAUGCCAAUUCUUCAGUUCUUCAUGAUGAGUUCAUCGCUCACAGGCUCGGGCUAAUCCCCCUCACGAGUGACGACAUCGUGGACAAGCUGCAGUACUCACGGGACUGCACGUGCGAAGAGUUCUGCCCCGAGUGCUCCGUGGAGUUCACCCUUGACGUGCGGUGCAACGAAGACCAGACUCGGCACGUCACAUCCCGGGACCUCAUCUCCAACAGCCCCCGGGUCAUUCCAGUGACCUCCCGGAACCGAGAUAAUGACCCCAAUGACUACGUGGAGCAGGACGACAUCCUCAUUGUCAAGCUGAGGAAAGGCCAGGAGCUAAGACUCCGAGCCUAUGCCAAAAAGGGCUUUGGCAAGGAGCAUGCCAAGUGGAACCCUACCGCAGGGGUGGCUUUUGAAUACGAUCCCGACAAUGCCCUUCGGCACACAGUGUACCCCAAGCCCGAGGAAUGGCCAAAGAGCGAGUACUCCGAGCUGGAUGAAGAUGAGUCACAGGCUCCCUACGACCCCAACGGCAAGCCAGAGAGGUUUUACUACAACGUCGAGUCCUGUGGCUCUCUGCGCCCUGAGACCAUUGUCCUGUCGGCCCUCUCUGGAUUGAAGAAGAAGCUGAGUGAUUUACAGACCCAGUUAAGCCACGAGAUCCAGAGUGAUGUCCUGACCAUAAACUAGCACAGCUCACCUGUUCGAACAAAAAAGAGGGGCAUGUAGGCCAGCAGCUGGAUUCCAGGUCUCUUGCAGAGCCUCUUCUAGCUUCUGGGGUGUGGACAGCUGUUGCUCAGGCUUCUUGGCAAACCAUCAGUACCCACUCGAAGGGAGCCUGUGGAAGACCAGGCCUUUCCCAGCCGUGCUCCGUUAGAUUGCCAGGCGUGCCCCUGGCAGUUGAGGCAGGACACUUUUUUUUUUUUUUUUACUAGAUCUCACAUCCCUGGCUCUGCCCACUAAUUGCCAGGAACACUCCCCAGAGCAUCCCUUCCAUCCCGUUUGCUUAUGUGCCUUUCGGGGAGUUUUCUGCUGAGAACUGCUGAGCUGGCUUCUCUUCUGGUCAGUUCAGGUCCUCAAACCCUUUCUGUCCAGAAGUUGGAGGUUUCACGGCUGUACCUUGGGACUUUUGGUGUUAGCAUUGAGUGCCGGAACCCUCCUUCACAUUGCCUACUCUCCCGUCUGGUCCCUGCUCGUGGCCUGUCUACUGGCACUUUGCUCAUGUCUCCCGGUGCCCCUAACUGGAGAACCCUAGAGAACAGUGGUAGAGCCUGGCUGCCCCCCCCCCCCGCCCCAGGUAAGCCCUGCAUUUCAUUCUCUACCCGCUAGUUAUGAGCCUCACUGCUAGUGGCCUGAUUCUUUAAGUUUGGGUGCUGGGGGGCAAGGGCCUUAGUGAAGGGAAGGUUUGGUCUUGACCCCUUACCCCUUUAGGUGGAAUCAUGCCCAGAGUCGUUAAUGAGGCAGCCUGGCAGGAGAAGCCUGGAGAAAACCAGAGAUCAGUACAGAAAGGAAGGGAUAUUUAUUGAUUCAGUAGUUGUCUUUUUAAAAGUUUUUAUUUUUGGCAAUAAAGAGCACAACAUAAACUCCUUCAUGCGUCAUCGUGCCACUAACUGAAGCCAGCCAGCCCUGCCUCCCUCUCCCAGGCCUUGGGCGCUGAGCUGGCCGUGGCCCUUCUCUGGCUCCAGGGCUCUCCUGGAGGGGCCUCUUGCUGGAUCAUUCUGCCACAGCGUGAAUAGUGGUUAUUUACAACGGGGUUUGUUCCCACACAUCAGAACCCGAAAGUAUUAAAAAGGAAAAAAAAAAACACACGCAACCAAG